AUUUUAUUAUUAUAAGUACAGUGUCAGUUUAAUUGCAUUAUAAGGUGGUGACAAAAAACUCUCGGGCUAUGUUUAAUAAAUCAAAAGUUGGACGCGACAUUUCCUCUCCCUUGGGUGCAGUUGAUGGCAGUUAAAAAGCCAACAUAUAAGUUGGAAAUGGAUAACCAUUCCCACAUUCAACAUGGGUCAGUUGCAGCUACUGUUAGCCGCCUUGGUUCUCUUAAAUCUUGGCAGUGAAAGCUUCCAAAAUAAUUUACUACAUCAUCUGAAUCGUGAGCUUAAGUUUGAUUAUGCUCUGCAAUUGGGAAACUCCGAUCCGACUUGGCUGAAAAUCUUGUGGCAACUUCCUGUACCAGUAAUUCAAAUUGAAGAGCACUCUAGGGAGAACUAUAACUUGCUUGAAAAUCCUUCACAAAAUGUCCUUACAAUAGCUUUUGUGAACGAUUCACCGGAAGAUUUACUGGAGAACUUAAGCCGCAAUCUACGUAUGCUAAACACACAACCCGUGCUGUUAGUUAUAAAGAAAAGGACAAUUCGAGUAAAUUGGUUGUUGGAAUGGUGUUGGAACCAUCAGCUACUUAAUGUCGUGGCCAUUGGUCAUGAUUUUAAGGAGUCUUUGAUUGUCUACAGCUACACACCCUUUCCCAUCAUGCAGUUCAUUGAGAGACGUUUGGACAACAGCACCAUAAUAUUCGAACAGCGUUUGGAAAAUCUUCAUGGCUAUAAGAUACCCAUUGCCUUGGGUGGAUCGUCACCCAGACUAAUUGUGUAUCGUGGCUCGGAUGGAAAACGGAUUUUCUCAGGACCUGUUGGUAAUUUCAUGAAGAGCUUUGAACAGCGUUAUAAUUGCAGAUUGAUUCAACCUUAUCCCUUUGAUGAGACAGCCAUUUCACCGGCUCGUGAUUUAGUUGCUGCCGUGCGAAAUGGUAGUGUUCAAGUGGCUUUAGGGGCUAUUUAUCCCCUACGUCCCUAUACUGGGUAUUCAUAUCCCAUCGAACUGAUGAGCUGGUGCCUGAUGAUGCCGGUGCCCGAGGAGGUUCCUCACAGUCAGCUCUACAGCAUGGUAUUCAGUCCUAUGGCGUUUGGUGUCACCAUUCUUGUCAUGGUGUUGAUUUCUUUAAUUCUAUCGAUUGCUCUUCGUCUGCACGGAUAUAGAGUUAGCUUCAGUGAGUACUUUCUACAUGACAACUGUUUGCGAGGAGUCCUGUCUCAAUCCUUCUAUGAGGUCCUUCGACCUCCAGCCUUAAUAAGGGCAAUGUAUCUGGUGAUCUGUUUGCUGGGACUGCUGAUCACCUCCUCGUACAACUCGUACUUCUCCACUUUUGUGACCAGUGCCCCCAGACUGCCACAGCUCAGCAGCUAUGAGAGCAUUAAGCAUUCCAAUCUCAAGGUAGUGAUGUGGAAGCCGGAGUACGAAAUGCUGAUCCAUCUAUCGGAAAACAUGGAGAAAUACUCGUCGAUCGUUCAACUGGAGGCGGACUACAAAGAGUUUUUGCAUUUGCGUGACUCUUUCGACACCAGAUACGGCUACAUGAUGCCAAUGGAAAAGUGGUCACUGAUGAAGGAGCAGCAGCGAGUAUUCAGUUCGCCAUUGUUCAGCCUACAGGACGAACUCUGCGUCUUUCACACCGUUCCCAUAGUGUUUCCCAUCGUAAGCAAUUCGAUAUUCAGGGAACCCUUUGAUCGUCUCAUUAUGGAAGUGUCUGCAUCUGGUCUUCUGAGUCACUGGAAGGACAUGAGCUUUACGGAGAUGAUCAAGGCAGGACAAUUGAGCCUCGAGGAUCGGGGACAUCCAAAGCAGUUUCGGGCCAUGAAGGUGGAGGACUUGAUGCAGAUUUGGCGCUUUGUCGGUUGGAUGCUUGGCUUGGCAACAAUGGUGUUUCUUCUAGAGUUGGUUUGUUAUUGGCGACAUAAGAUGUGGCAGCACAUGAAAUAUGUAUUUUGUUUCGGCCAAACCAAAAUCUUUAAAUCUAGAAAAUAA